GCCACCUAUCCCACAACACCGCGCGCGCCGCGGCUCAAGGAGGCAGGCCUCGCCAUUUGCUCGUCGCGAACGGCAAAUAUCGUGCUCUUAUUAAAAAUCGGACGAGCUCCGUGUCGUUCUUGGCGGCAAGAAUGGGGUGCGAAGAUGAAGUCAUGAAAAUCGCCAAACGGUUAGAUAAAAUGGCAUCCGCAGGAAGCGAUGACCAAGCCCAAGCGUUGGACCUGUUGAAGAACCUUCAAGAACUGCCGAUAACACUAGAGAUACUUCAAAGGACAAGAAUAGGCAUGGCGGUCAACUCCCUGCGGAAAUCGAGCAACGACGAGGAAGUGAUAACGCUGGCCAAGCUCCUCAUCAAAAGCUGGAAAAAGCUGCUUUCCGGUACCCCCGGAUCGAAGGGCGGGGACAGCAAUGGCGGCUCGAGCAAGGAGUCGGAAACAACCGUGAGCACACCCAAGGCCACAGCACAGACGAGCGCCGCCUCAAAGCAGACAACGUACAGCGCCAAGCAGGCACCGCACAACGCAAAGCAGACGUCCUUCCCGGCGGACACCACCAACUCAGUGCGGCUCAAGUGCCGGGAGCUCAUCAGCAGCGCACUCAAAUGCGACGAUAUGCCAGACGGUUGCGACCUCGAUGGAUUGGCAGCGAAGAUCGAAGAAUGUAUCUUCAAGGAGUUUGGCGACACCAACAUGAAGUACAAGAACCGCGUCCGCAGCCGGGUCUCCAACCUCAAGGACUCCAAGAAUCCGAACCUGCGCCUCAACGUGCUUCACGGGGCCAUCGAUCCCGACCGCAUUGCUCGCAUGACGGCCGACGAGAUGGCGAGCGACGAGAUGAAGCAGAUGCGGCAGAAGUUUACCAAGGAGGCCAUCAACGAUCACCAGAUGGCGGUGACGGGAGGCACUAAGACGGACCUGCUCAAGUGCGGCAAGUGCAGGAAGAGCAACUGUACCUACAACCAGGUACAAACGAGGAGUGCCGACGAGCCGAUGACGACCUUCUGCUACUGCAACGAGUGCGGACAUCGGUGGAAAUUCUGCUAAAACGCAGGGCUACACCAAGCGACGCUGGUUCCCGGGACGGCGGUGAAGAGGCAUUCAAACGACGUCCAACGUAAACGUGUACAUACUAUUUCCAAAGGUAACCUAGAGGAAGCCUGCUGUUGUUCACCCCCCGUACACUGCUGCCAGUCCAAAGACGUGGCCGACGGAGAGGAAGACAACGCUUUCGCGGCCGCUCUGAACGUGGGGUCAAAAUUGUUUUCAGCUUGUCUUUCUUCUUUAUUUUUCCCUUCCUUCUUCGUUUCUUUCACAUCACGAGGGCCUUAUCGUUACGGGGGGGAUUCCAUUGAGUGUGUGUAGUGAUGUGCUUUGUGUACCAGCCCUCUAUUUGCACUGAUAAAAAUACAUCAUCCGUUUUCCCUC